AUGGUUGUUGUGAUGAUUCAUACAAGUGAGAUCGUCUUCAUCUCGAACGCGUUUGGACUCAGCGAAGACUUACCUAUAAACGGUAAGGCGUCGAGCGUGGCCGCUCAGAUGGCGUUGGCGGAGUUCUUGUACUCUAUUCCCCGUUCGGCGCCUUACCGUUCAUGUUUAUCGACGGAAAAGUUGGAGAUAUUGUACACUUACUUGCUUGGCUGGCUCAGCGACCCAAAGAGGAUCUUGGCCUCCGACACGAAACAAAAAAACACGGAGAUAUUGUACACAGUGACU